AUGUAACAUUAUUUAAAUUGUAUGGAUUUCUAAUAAUAAAAUAUCUGUCACAGACUGAUUUUUUUUUAAAAAAAAAUUGAUAAUAGUUUGAUAGAAAAUUAAAAAAGGAAAAAAAAAUAAUACUUGCUUCACUAUUUUGGUAGAUUGAUAAUUAAUAUAUUUAUAAAUUAACUUAACAAUAUUUGUUAAAAGAAAUUUCUUAUACAAGUCAAAUAUAUAUUAAUAUAUCAAAAAUUUAUAAAACAAAAAACAAAUUAUAUUUUUCUCAGUGGGUUAAUAACGGUCUUUUUGAUUUUCAAAUACUUUUACUAUAUUCAUUUUAUUAUAUUCUAUCCUACUAUACAUGAGUUACUAGAUCUUACGGUUCGACCACAAGUCUGAUUCGGAUAUGAAAACUCAAUGAAAACAUUGUACCGGACUGAAAUAAUAAUAAUAGAAUAGCUUUUAAAUAUUUUAGAUUUCUAAUAAUAAAUAUAAAUUUAUUUAAUAUUUGAGUUUACGAUCACCAAAAAAAUACCCGCGCUUCUAAAGCGCGGAUCAAAAUCUAGUUGUUGUUUAAAACAACUUCUUUUAUGUAGAAGCACCGUAUCAUACUUGUUAAAGUUUAAAGGCUUCUACACACAGGUUUGGAAUUCAAAUCAAGCUAUGAAUUUCUUGCAGAUUGCACAUUACAAGAUAUCCAUGUUUCAAUUCCCGGCAAAAGAAAUAACUUCUUUUCUUGCUUGUUCUUUUCACAAUCUCUGAUUGACUGACUGGUAAAUUCAAUAUGAAAAACAUAUCGUAAGAAUAUCCAAUACUACCAUUAAAUCCUAAUCUCUAUCACAUUUACUUAGUUCUUCGUAACAAAUACGAAAAACUUGUCAUAUAUAUAUAUAUAUACUUGUGGGCCUGUGGCAAUGACAUUGGGAACACAACCUGACCAUAUAUUUUAGAUAAAAAGUAAUUAAAACCAAAGAUGAAUAUAACCAAGUUAACUGUGGUGGUCUUCAUUGCAGCUUUGUGUGAUAAUGUUGGUGCAAGUCGGCCCAGAGGUAUGCACAAUGAUACCAAACUCAAGGAUCAAAAGUUGCAACUUGAAGACAUCAUCGGCAAUAUUAUUGGGAACAUCACUGACCCUAUUAUAGGCAUUAUAGGCAACAAUACUAGACCUAUAUAUACACCAAUACCUACUUUGCCAAACAAUACUAGUCCCGCACCUUCCCCUGAUGGUGGCUCAGUAGAAAUUGUCCCGUCCCUUGCUCCACAAGGUGAAGCCACUAAUGGAACUAAAGCUCCUUUAAGUGGCGGGGACAUAGGUGUCCCAUCCCUUGCCCCAGAACGCGAAGCUAGUAAUAGUACGGAGGCUCCUCUUAAUGGUGGAAUUAUAGGAGUUGCUCCAUCUCCUCUUAGUGGUGGCACUGUAGGAGUUGUUCCGUCUCCUAUCCAAGAAGGUGGAGCCAUCAAUGGUACUGAACCUCCUCUUAGUGGUGCAAUUAUAGCACCCCUUCGCUCUCCUAUUGUCACCGAACCUCCUCUUAGUGUUGAUGCUAUAGGAGUUUCUCCGUCUCUUCCCCCAAUAGGUGGUGGCACUGAACCUACUCUUAGUGGUGAUGCUAUAGGAGUUGCUCCGUCUCUUCUACCAAUAGGUGGUGGCACCGAACCUCCUCUUAGUGGUGGUCUUAGUGGUGGUGGCGUUAUAGGAGUUGUUUGUAACAUCCCGAGUUGUGAUAUAUAGAAAGGCUUAAGAGAAUUGAUUUGGC